CAUUCUGACCAUAUCCUCACUUACUUUGUUUUAUUUUUAUUUUACACGGUCCUUACACUUUCUGGAAAUAUUUGAUAUCACCACUACUUUCGAAAAACUAUUUUCAAUACAUUUUCUGACCUGUAAAAUUAUGUUUCGACACUUCUAGACCAUGCUUUAACUGUAGAAGCUGAAGGGACCAGUUUGCUCUUCGACUUUCCCGCUAGCAGGUAUUUUGACCCUUGCCGGUUGCCGUAUCAAAACACAUACGUCAUUUUGGAGCGAAAGUUUUCAAUACACUUGCCAGGAUGGACGGGAUGAGUUGAAGUGUCUUGGUUAAAAUGAAUUAAGUUAUCAUUUCUGUUAAGCUUUGAAGAAGUUAUUCUAAUAGCGACACACACUGCUGCAGUAAGAAUGGAGGGACUGGAGAUGUCUGCGAUGAUACCAGCUCUUCAGGAGCUAGCGAGUGCCAGUGCUGCUGAGUACGAGCAGGCGGUGCAGAAACCUCGACAGAUCCUCUGUCAGUUCAUCGACAGGAUACUGACUGACGUGGAUGUGGUUUCUCUGGGUCUCAAUAAGAAGUCAAGUUCGGAGCCGGCUUGUGUGAUGCUUCUCGAUUUUGUGCAGCACAUCAUCAAAUCCUCCUCUCUGAUGUUUGCCAAUCCUUCCUGCCAGCCUGCAGAAUAUCCAGAGACCACACAGAGCUGUACUGACUUCAGUACGUGGGUAGCAGUACGUUUGCUUCGUGUGGCGGCCGCUCCAGACUGUGACGUCAUCCACGGCCGCGUCUCAGCUGUGCUGUGCUCUUUACUUCACACUCUGAGAGCGAGGGCGCCUUUCAUCUCCACUCGCCUCACUCAGGAGUUCAUUGUUUUAGCUCAGGACCUCAGCGACAUCUUGUACACUCACGUCAUGACACUGUCAGGAGCAGGACACACCUCGGAUGUUCAAACACAGAACCGAUGGCCCGUGACUCUCAAAUGCUUCAGCGUCUCGCCUGGUCGGGGCUCCUCGUACCUCACCCCCUCUCCUCUUAGUCUCUCCUCGCCUGCUGCUCUUGAGUCGCUGACUGCAGUGACACUCGGCGUCUUGACUGACUCCCUGAGAGGCGUCAUCUCCCGCCGUGACCUGGGUGCUGCCUGGGAGACGGCCUGCUCCUUCCUUGCAAAUGGUAACACCAGACUGAGGCGGCUCUCCAUGGUGAUGCUGAGGCGGCUGGUGGAGCUGGGAGGGUUUCCUGACAUCCAGGGGCACGAGUUCUUCUCAGCUUACCUCCAUUUGUUGGAAACACACUCCCUCACCUACACACCAAACACAAACUUGGAUGAGAAAUCCGCCUAUGAAGGAGAGCUGCUCCUCCUGACCCACUGUGUGUUUCAGUCCUCUCCCUCAUGCUUUGAGCCCAUCCACCUCUCACAGAUGUUCGAGUGCAUUUGCUCUCUUGGAGGCUCCGGUGUCAAGUUGGGAAGAGAGGUUGCAGAAUCCCUCUGUUUGCUGUUCAGCUUCUUGCUAUCUGUUGCAGUAGUCUAUGAAAGCGCUGCGUCGUUGAGAAGGCAGAGGGUCUCAGAGGUCUGCAGGGCGCUGGCACGAAAUGUUGGAACUGAAAACCAAGCUGAAUGUGCAGAGGGGUUUCUACAAGCCGCACUGAAGGCUGAGACUGCUUUGGUGGUGCAGGAGUUGGAAGACGAAGAGACUGCCGCCAAGAAAUCCUGCAAAUCAGCCGCCAAAAAAAGAAAACCAUCAACAGAUGAGGUGGAUAUGCGUGUUCGUAGUGACGUCUGGGCUGCAGUGAACAGCCGGCUGGAGGAGCUUCUGACCUCGUUGAACUCUGAUGGACCUGAACCGGCACAGACUCUCUUUGCUCUGGAGGGUCUGUGCCUCAUCCUGCACCUGGCAGCCUGCUGCUCAUCUCCCACCAGGCCUUCUCCUCUUCUGUGGGUGCCCUCUGAGACUCUGGGCAGGGUGAUGAAAAGCUGUCAGUGUGUGUUAGAAGGAGGAGCUCAACCUGUUACAAACCAGGACUACUUUAAGUCUGCCUGUAAGACUACUGUCGAGAUCCUGGACUCUAUCCUCUACCUGACAAUGACUCGUCACAGUGAGGACGGGCUCCAGCGGCGAGUUUGUGCUCUGCUGUCUCUCCCCUGGGUGUGUGAGAACAAGUCUGCCUCAGCCUAUCGGAGCUCAGGAUUCCCGUCCUGGCUGCCUGCUUUAGCGGAUAGACUCAGCUUCUGUUACUCAUCUGAUCUCCAAGCUGACUGUGUGUCCCUGCUGGCCCUUCUUCACUGCGGUGUGUGUGAGACGUGGCGUGUGUGUGUGUUUUCUAAAUCGCUGCAGAGCCCAGAUGAAGCAGUGAGAGCGGCCGCUGUGAGGGCCUUUCCUCUUCUUCUUCACCACCUUGGAAACUCACAACACAACCUUAUCAGCACCACUCUGCUCUCCAGGCUGGAGGACGGGUCAGAACAGGUGAAGAAGGAGCUUGCCAGGAUCAUUGGUCAGCUGAGCUGUAUCCAGGCAGAGCUCUCCCAGCUCAGCGUCUCCCACACAGACUCCUCUCAUCAUCCUAAAAUGCUCUGCCACCAAAUCAGCCUUACAACAGAGCAUGCUGGGAACACUUGUCCAUCUCUGAGGGCGAGUGUCGUGAGACCCUUCCUGUUUCUGCUUGGACAGCAAGCUCCGAGUAGUGUCAAACGAGCUUUCCUUGAAGCUCUGCCUCACCUCUGCCAGCAUGUGAAUCUGUCUGGUGGAGACAGUGACUCCCAAGCGGUUCUCUGUGCUCUGAUUGGUCUAAUGGAGGACGCAGAUCCACGGAUCCGAACACAUUUUAGCCAAUCAGUGCGUUUCCUGCUGACAGAGACCGCUAGGAACCCUGAACAGGGUUCUCUGAAUGAGCUCCUGGUUGCCCGUCUUAAAGAGGCGUUCAACAAUGCAAAACUCAACAGAGAUGACGACCUGCGCAACACUCUCAUCCUCACCACAGGAGAGGUCGGCAGAGCAUCACAGGGCAGUCUGGUCUCGUUCUCUCUGCUGCGGCUGCUCCACUGUCUGCUCUCAAAGUCCUCCCCUGUGUCUGUAGCUGCGUACACUCAGAUCAGAGCGCUAGCCACUGCCAAAGGUCUUAAACUCCAGACCCUCUUCAGCCAGUACAAGAACCCCAUCUGUCAGUUCCUGGUGGAGUCCCUGCAUUCACGUCAUGCGUCGGCCUUGAGGAGCACGCCAGAUCAGGGAAGCGAAUCAGCCAAUCAGAGAGAGCUGGCCCUGGACAUCCUGGCCCAGAUAGCGCACGCUUUUGAUUUCCCAGACCUCCACCGCUUCCUCACCAAGACCCUCCAGGUGCUCCUGCCCUACCUGGCUGCCAAAGCAAGCUCCACUGGCUCCGCCCUUAUCCGGACUCUAGCCAAUGAGCUGAAGGCCAACAGGAGAGAGAUCCUGAUCAACAACUUUAAGUACAUCUUCAGCCAUCUGGUUUGUUCCUGCACGAAGGAGGAGCUGGAGAGGGCUUUCCAUUACCUACAGAGGGAGACGGAGAUUGAACUGGGCUCUCUGCUGAGGCAGGACUUCCAGGGUCUCCACAACGAGCUGCUGCUGCGCCUUGGAGAACACUACCAACAGGUAUUCAACGGUCUGGCAAUCCUGGCUUCCUUUGCAUCCAAUGACGACCCAUACCGGGGUCCCAGAGACAUCACCACACCAGAGCGCAUGGCAGACUACCUGCAGCCAAAGCUCCUGGGAAUUCUCGCAUUCUGCAACAUGCAGCUGCUGAGCUCCAGCGCAGGAGAGAAGGACCGCAAGAAGCUGGCAUUGACCAGUGUGAUGGCUCUAAUGCGACUAAUGGGCUCCAAACACAUCAGCUCUGUGAGGGUGAAGAUGAUGACGACACUCCGCACGGGGCUCCGAUACAGAGAGGACUUCCCCCUGCUCUGCUGCCAGACGUGGGAGUGUUUUGUGAAGAGUGUGGAGCCAGCACACUUGGGCCCUCUUCUGAGUCAUGUUAUCGUUGCACUGCUGCCACUGAUCCCACUACAGCCCAAAGAGACUGCUGCUAUUAUCCGCUUCUUGAUACUGGACAACAGGGAAGAAGUCAACGAUUACCUCCAUGAGAUUUACUUCCUGCCUGACUACCCUGAGCUGAAAGACAUCCACACAGUUCUGCAGAACUACAAGAAGCUGACAGCCAGCAGCAGUGACCUGGCUGCAGCGCUGCAGCUCUCCAUGAGAGCCGUUCAACAUGAAAACGUGGACGUCAGGAUUCACGCACUGACCAGCCUCAGAGACAUGAUGCAUAACAACCAGGACUGGCUGCUGAGGCAGGUUUGUGCGAGUGAGGCGGUGGAGCCAGUCAUCUCCAGCCUGGUGUCGGUGCUGCUGAAGGGCUGCCAGGACUCGUCCACCGAGGCCAGGCUGCUCUGUGGGGAGUGUCUGGGGGAGCUGGGGGCUGUGGACCCUGGACGUCUGGACCUGUCACACACACACACGCAUGGCGACCGUAACACCUUUGUGAGUGGCGUUGAUGAUCCAAACUUUGGUCAUGACCUACUGACAGAACUAACCAGAACAUUUCUGGCUUAUGCUGAUGACGUGAGAGCACAAGACUCUGCUGCCUAUGCAAUUCAGGAGCUGCUGUCCAUAUUUGAGUGCCGUGAGGCUCGGACAGACUCGCCAGGACGCCGUCUGUGGAGGAGAUUCCCUGAGCAGAUUCAGGAAAUACUAGAACCCCACCUCAACAGCAGAUACAAGAGCAGCCAGAAGGAGGUGAACUGGUCUAAACUGAGGAAGCCAGUGUACUUAAGCAACAGAGGCAGCAAAUUCUCUGAUUGGUCAGCCACCUGGGCCGGUUACCUCAUAAGCAAGGUGAGACAUGAGCUCGCCAGCAGAGUGUUCACCUGCUGCAGUUUCAUCAUCAAACACGACUACAAAGUCACGAUCUACCUGCUGCCUCACAUUCUGCUCUACAUGCUGCUUGGCUGCACACCUGAAGAGCAACAAGAGGUAACUGAGGAGAUGCUGGCCGUGCUGACAGAGGGUGAUGGGAGAGGGGGUGGGCGUUGUCAGGACACAGCCUCCAGCCUGUCACAGCUCAGCAUUCAGACUGUGUUCAGUAUGUUGUCUCAUCUGACACAGUGGAGCCGCCACAUCCUCUACUCCAAACCGAAACAUGAGAGUGGGGAUUACCAGCGUGUGGUGGCCUUCCUAAAGGGGAUCCCACAGGACGUUCUAGCCAAGGCCUCUCUACGAUCUAAAGCGUACACUCGUGCCCUCAUGCACUUUGAAGCAUACAUCUUAGAAAACAAGGAGAACAUCCAGGACCAUCUCACCUUCUUACAGACGUUGUACGCUGCCAUGCAUGAGCCCGAUGGAGUGAGAGGGGUCAAUGCCCUGAGGAGAGAGGAGCCGUCGCUACGAGAACAGAUACUGGAGCAUGAGAGCAUCGGCCUGCUCAGAGAUGCAACCGCCUGCUACGACAGGGCCAUACAGCUGGAGUCUGACCAGAUUGGUCACUAUCACGGGGUGAUGACCUCGAUGCUCGGCCUGGGACAGCUGUCAACAGUCAUCACUCAGGUCAAUGGAGUGCUGGCCAACAAGCACCAGUGGAAGUCUGAGCUGAACACUUACAGGGUGGAGGCCGCCUGGAAGCUUGGAAAAUGGGACCUGCUUGAGGAUUAUUUGAGUUCAGAGAGUCAGUCCAGUACCUGGGGGGUGCGGCUUGGCCAGCUGCUGUUGUCAGCAAAGAAACAGGAUGCUGAAGCUUUCAGCGAGAAGCUGAAGAUAGUGAGGAAGGAACAGGUGGUCCCUCUUUCUGCAGCCAGUUAUGAGUGUGGAACGUACCAGAGGGGAUAUGAGUACAUCGUCAGGCUUCACAUGCUCGGUGAGUUGGAGCACACGUUUACUGAGCUGCAAAAACAGAGGGAAAGCUCCACUCCCAGCCUCAGUCAGUUGCCUCCUCAUUGGUCGGAUCGGCUGGAGAUGACCCAGAAUUCCUUUAGAGCCAAGGAGCCAGUCCUUGCCCUGCGACGAGCCCUGCUGAGUCUGGGAACACAGCCUCGGAGCACAGAGAUGGUCGGUGAGUGCUGGCUGCAAAGUGCCCGGGUGGCCAGAAAGGCGGGACACCAUCAGACUGCCUUUAACGCUCUACUGAAUGCAGAGAACACACACCUGGCUGAGCUGGUCACAGAGAAGGCCAAGUGGCUUUGGUCCAAGGGCGACGUGCACCAGGCCCUGAUCGUCCUGCAGAAAGGCGUUGCUCAGUGUUUCCCUGAUGAUCAGCCACUCACGGACCCUCGCAGUCUGCAGACCAAAGGAAAGGCCAUGCUGCUGGUGGGACGCUUCAUGGAGGAGACGGCCAACUUUGAGUCCAACGCCAUCAUGAAGGCAUACAAGGAUGUGACCAACCUCCUGCCAGAGUGGGAAGAUGGAAACUUCUACCUGGCCAAGUACUAUGACAAAGUGAUGCCGAUGGUGACCGAUAACAAGUUGGAGAAACAAGGGAACCUCAUCAGAUACAUAGUCAUGUACUUUGGAAAAGCCUUGCAGUUUGGGAACCAGUACAUAUACCAGGCCAUGCCUCGGAUGUUGUCUCUGUGGCUCGAUUUCGGAGCCAAAGUGUGUGAGGGCGAGAAAGCUGGGCGAUCAGACCGACAGAUGCGACAGGAGCUGGGGAAAAUCAACACAGUGAUGAGCGAGCACUGUUCUACUUUGGCACCGUACCAGUUUCUGACCGCCUUCUCACAGCUCAUCUCUAGAGUGUGUCACUCCAGUGACGAGGUCUUCACCGUGCUAAUGACCAUUGUGGCCAAAGUCUUCCUGGCAUAUCCCCAACAGGCUAUGUGGCUUAUGACAGCUGUGUGCAAGUCUUCGUACCCCAUGCGUAUGAAUCGCUGUAAUCAGAUCCUUAAGAAAGCCAUCAGCCUCAAACCGUCUCUGGAGAAAUUCAUCGGAGAUGCAAACAGACUGACUGACAAGCUGCUGGAGCUCUGCAACAAGCCGGUGGAUGGUAACAGCACCACCCUCAGCAUGAGCGUUCACUUCAAGCUGCUGAAACGUCUGGUGGAGGAGCCCACCUUCAGCCAGAUUCUGAUCCCGCUGCAGUCUGUCCUCAUCCCAACGCUGCCCUCUACUGGAGGGGCGAACACACAGCACGAUGCCUUCCCUGGACACUGGGCGUACCUGGAUGGCUUUGAAGACAGUGUGGAGAUCUUGGCCUCCUUACAGAAGCCUAAGAAGAUCAGUCUGAAAGGGUCAGAUGGGCGGAGCUACACCAUGAUGUGUAAACCUAAAGAUGACCUGAGGAAGGACUGCAGACUCAUGGAGUUCAACUGCCUCAUCAACAAGUGCCUACGCAAAGAUGCCGAGUCAAGGCGGAGGGAGCUCCACAUCCGUACCUACGCCGUCAUCCCUCUCAACGAGGAGUGUGGCAUCAUAGAGUGGGUCAACAACACCGCCGGACUUCGACACAUUCUCACCAAGCUGUACAAGGAGAGAGGCAUCUACCUCUCAGGUAAAGAGCUCAGGAAACUUAUUCUACCAAAGACUGCUCCCUUUGAGGAGAAACUGAGAAUCCACAAGGAGGUGUUGUGUGCUCGACACAUCCCUGUGUUCCACGAGUGGUUCCUGCGGACCUUCCCUGACCCCACGUCAUGGUAUAGCAGCCGCUCUGCGUACUGUCGCUCCACUGCUGUGAUGUCCAUGGUGGGAUACAUCCUGGGUCUGGGGGAUCGUCAUGGAGAAAACAUCCUCUUUGACUCUUUCACUGGGGAGUGUGUUCAUGUUGACUUCAACUGCCUCUUCAACAAGGGGGAGACAUUUGAUGUGCCAGAGGUGGUCCCUUUCCGUCUGACCCAAAACAUGGUCCACGCCAUGGGGCCCAUGGGCACUGAGGGUCUCUUCAGACAGGCCUGUGAGGUCACCCUGAGACUAAUAAGAGACCAGAGGGAACCACUCAUGAGUGUCCUGAAGACAUUCCUGCAUGACCCGCUGGUGGAGUGGGGCAAACAAAGCAAAGGACUAUCCAAAACUCAGGCCAACGAGACAGGAGAGAUAGUCAAUGAAAAGGCUAAAACCCACGUGUGUGACAUCGAUCAGCGUCUGCAGGGAGUGAUAAAGAGCAGGAACAAAGUACUGGGUCUCCCUCUGUCUAUAGAAGGACACGUUCAUUACCUCAUACAGGAAGGCACAGACGACAAACUGCUCUGUCAGAUGUAUCUCGGCUGGGGGCCCUACCUGUAGUGCACACAUACAUUGAAAAAAAAAAAAAGGCACUUUCAAGUAUUUCAGAUGUUCUGAAAAAAAAAUCUGAAACAGUGAAUGUAAAAAAAAUACAUGUGAAUGCAUUUUUUGUUCUAGCACUUCCAUCAUUGUUUAUAAACCUCCUAUUUUAUGGAAUCAAAGUUUAUGUUUUUCAUGUCUCUACAUUCUCUUCUAAUAAAGAAUGUGUUUUGCA